AUAACUUCACCAGCACUGCUGCUACACAUGCGCUGCAUGGGAUGGACGCUUUUCAACCAUUAUUUCAAAUACGACAAUGAGGCAAGAACAGUACCAUUACACAACGGACGCGCAUCCACAGCAGAUGGCAAACGCUGUAACGUCAGUCUGCUGUGUGGUUCUUGCUGCUCUGGUGGUAGUGUUCGCACAGAGGCGCAGCCAACAAGGCGGAAGGAUACAGUAUGAGAAGAUCGGGAGUGACGUGACCAUGCAGUGCGGCUCGCUGGGCGACGAGGCCUCGGUCACGUGGAAGGUGAACGGGACGGACGUGAAGGCUCGGCAGGUGCAGGAGGGACCCCGGCUCGUCCUCAUGGAGGUCGACCCGAGCAGCAACGGCCUCUACAGCUGCUUCGAGAACCCCAACGGGGAGAGGAGGGACCAGAUCAUCCUGCGGACGGGGACUCCGCCAACAGAACCUGCGGUGACCUGCCGAUCCAACACUUUCCCCAACGGCUUCUACUGCAGCUGGCACCUCCAGCGCCCCACCAACAUUCCCACUGAUUUUGAAGUGCAUGUCAAACACAACCAGAAAACCCUGGAAGUCCAGAGGGACCCAGUUCACAAGAACCGGUGUCAUGUGAAGUUUCCCCAGCUCUUCUCCACCUUCAAGUACAGGGUGAACAUCACAGCGGUGAACGCACUGGGCAGGGCAUCCAGCGGCAUCUCCUUUGAUGAUUACAGCAUAGUGAAACCUGACCCUCCCGAGAAGGUGGUGGCCACGCCCGUCCCCAAAAACGUGCGCCGCUUGGAGGUGACCUGGAACAGCCCGUCCACUUGGCCCGACGUGGAGAACUUUCCGCUCAAAUACUUUCUGCGCUACAGACCGCUUAUUCGCGAACAGUGGCAGCACGUGGAACUGUCUGACAGCACCGCCCACACCAUUACCGACGCCUACGCGGGGAAGGAGUACAUUAUCCAGGUGGCAGCUAAGGACACGGAGAUCGGGACGUGGAGCGACUGGAGCGUGGCGGUUCACGCCACUCCGUGGAUGGAAGAGCCCAAGCAGAUCACGUCCACCACCGAGGCAGAGGCCAUUUUAGAGACCACGCCCUCCCCAGCCCCUCCCUCGGCAAAGCCCCAGCUGGGCAGCCCAUUGGGCGGAAGCUCGGCGCUCCUGUGGUCAUCUCACCUGCUCCUGGCGUCCGUUCUUCUGUCCGUCAUGUGGUGAGUGACAGACAGGUGGAAACAGUCUGACGUUGAGAGCCUGGUUUACUGAGACUUUUAGCGGGUGCAAAACCGUUUAGCACAUGCAAAACCAAUAACGUGAUCGAUGAUUGGUGGUGGUGUUUGUUUCGCACCAAUCACUGAUUGUGUUAUUGUGUUGUGUUAUGCCAUACAGGUCUUAGUGAACCAGGUCCUAAAUUUCAAUCGCAAACAAUUUUCUUUCGUUACUUUUCCAAACGUGCUUUCUUGAAACUAAAGUUGUGAGUCACGACUAUAUGUUAUGUACAAUGCCUAUUAAAGAGUUGAAAUCAAAUUUAGCAUAAUUUGAAUAUUUGAAGAGGACGUGCUGCAUCAACAAAGGAAUGCACUGUUAGAAACUGAUCAUCUAAGGGGAACUCAAACAGUGUCCUUAUUGGCCAGUGUAUGGUCACACCUUUUCCAUAUCUGAAACUCCACGAGGAAUGGAGUUUCUCUUUUUUUAACGUAACUUUUUUGUUUUGUUUUAUACAGAUGUCUAUGUUUCAUUCCUGUGGAAGAAAUUGAGGAAACUCUUCUAUUUCUAUUUUGCACAUGUUAAUGGAUAUCGUGCAUUGAUAAUUUAAGUCAAGUUUGUCGCAAAGAAAACAAAGAUCAAAUAUAUUUGACAAAAGUAACAAUGUCAGCAAAAAUGCCCACACAGGCACAGUUGUGUACAUCAUGGGGAAGCAAAAGAUUUGGGAACAUACGACUGAAAAGACUUAUUUGUCCGGCCACAGAAGAAGGAAUUUCAUUUUUCUUUUCUUUCUUGUCAUAUUGAUCAUUUUUUGUGCUUUUGUUAGCCAAGUGGUUGUAGAAAUGGUACACUUUGUCUCUCACUCUUUACAGUUACAUACAGCUAUCUCAUCAUACCAAAGACAUAUUUUGAAAUUUUUUUUCCCAUAAUCCUUGGCUUCCCGAACACUGUGCCUGUGUAGCGAGGAUGAGCCCCAGAGCGGAAAUACCAGGAAUCUGUGUCCAACGCUAGCAGCAAGAUGAAAGAACUAACCGUUUUCUGGGGGAACUAUUGCGUUUUAUUUUUUACUGAUUUUUUUUUUCAACUUGUGUCGUGAUGGUAUUAAAAAAGAAAGAAAGAAAAAAGCGAUUCUAUUCCACCUGCCUGUCACGGACUGUGUUUUUUUUUAACUUAUGAAUUUGAGACGUGUUUGUCUCUUAUGAACAAGCCCUGGGCUGAGACGUGCCGUUUCGCUUACAAUUUCAUUGCCUUUGCAAAUUUGUUUUUGCAAUUACAUUUUAGCAGGCAUCUCAAGUUAAUAUGUUAUUCAAAAAUAUAGUUGGGCUUUAUGUAUUUGUUUACUAUUACACAAAAAAAUGUACAAUUUAGGAUGUUAGGUUUUACAGACGUUCAUAACUGCUUAAUUCCCCAGAUCAUAUUUUGUAAACUACAAUAUGUAUCUUUAACAUGAAAAAAGUUUAUUAUUUAAUAAUGUAUGUAUUAGCUUUAGAUUCUUGUAACCUAUAUCUGGGUUCUUUUUAUAGAUGUAUAUAAAAUGAGAGGUUGUUCAUUAAAUGUGACCAUUUCACACUGAA